AUGGGUUAUUGGAGACCAAAUUAUUUAUCUGAUGAAAUAGAAUUUUGCUUUAAAAUACAAGAAUCUUGUUUAGGAGGAUGGAUUGUUGGUGAUUCUCUAUGCAUUUAAGGUCAUAUUGGAGGAUUAUGUGAGGAAUGUGAUAAAUUCAAUGUUAGGGGGAAUGGGAUGUUUUUUAAGAAUCAAUACAAUUCACUUUGUUAUUAAUGUGGAGAUGAAUCUAAUCAUUUUCAAUUUUUUAUUUUGGCUUCUCUAUGGUAUUAAAAUAUUUAAAUAUUUAGGGUUAUUUUUUCAACUCUAUUCACAUUAAAUAGUAUUGAUAAAUCAAAUAGACUAUUUUCAAUUUUGAAAGUUAGAUAAAGAUUUGCAAGAAUCAUUUUUAAAUUAAGUUAAAGUAAAUUAUAUUUUAAUCUUUAGAUCAUGCAAGUAUUUUACUAAAACUAUAUCUCAACUAUAUAUGGAUAUUUUCAGUAAUUUUUUCAUUCAAUCUUAAAUUUUCUUUUUCAUUUGGCUUUAUUGAUUAAACAAGCAAUCCAUCGUUUUUUAUAGCUAAUAGUUUGGAUUGUUAUUUAUCUGAGUUUUAAGAAAUUCAAUUGAUCUACUUGAGAAUUAUUACUAUGUUUCUAUCCUUGGCCUGUUUAUUUUUUGCCAUAUUUAUUGGAUUUAAACUUUAUUCUUUAAUUAAACAUAAAAAAUUUUAAACUAGUAUUUUAUCAAUAACAGCACUUUAUUUGUUUGUUACUAAUUAUCCUGCUUUUAUUAAACAGUAAAUUUAUUAUUUAUAAUAGAUUUUUCUCUUUACUGGCUAAGAGAUAAAUUUCAAAAAUAAAUUAUAUUUAAGGUGAUGUUUCAUUACUAUAUGGAACUUAAACUCAUGUUAAUUGGAUUAUAAGCUUUAUACUUCCAGGAUUAGCAUUAAUAGGUAUUGUAUUACCUUUUUCUCUUUUAUUGUUACUGUACAUUAAAAGAAAUUAAUUAGAAAAAAUUAAUCUAAGAAAACAUAUAUGUUAUUUAUUUAAUGAAUAU